CAUCUAUGGAUCUAAUCCUUUGGCCGUGCGCUGUCCCUUUAACACUUCGUGACGUCACGGUCUUCGUCUGUUCUAUUGUCCCAGCCUGUUUUGGUACAGUGAGUUCAGAGCAUAAACGUUGAAGACGGCAAGACUUUAAUCAAGGGAAAUAGCAAGGAAAACAACUUGUCCAGAAGUAUUUUAAGCGACCUCCUUUGUUUUCCAAUAAGCAACAGUGAUGCCAUCCGACAGACCUUUUAAGCAAAGACGGACAUUUGCGGACAGGUGCAAAGAGGUGCAGCAAAUCCGGGAGCAGCACCCAAACAAGAUUCCGGUUAUCAUCGAGCGUUACAAGGGCGAGAAACAGCUGCCAGUCUUGGACAAAACAAAGUUCCUGGUGCCCGAUCACGUCAACAUGAGCGAGCUGGUGAAGAUCAUUAGGCGCAGACUGCAGCUCAACCCUACCCAGGCCUUCUUCCUACUGGUCAACCAGCACAGCAUGGUCAGUGUGUCCACCUCCAUCUCUGAGAUCUACGAGCAGGAGCACGAUGAGGAUGGCUUCCUCUACAUGGUGUACGCCUCCCAGGAGACCUUUGGUUGUUAGGGAGGGGUCUGGCCAAGAGCGAUCGGGGGAGGGUAGGGUAGGGUGGGAUGGGGUCGGGGAGGUGGAGGGGAUGAGAAGGAAAUAAUGCAGAGAGAGGUGAGGCACGAGCCUGAGUGCUUUGACAGACCAGCCCCCUUUUUCUUUCUGUCUUUCUCUGUCACUCCCUCGCUCUCCCACUCUCUCUCACUCUCCUGAUCUCUGUCACUUCCUGCAGUUUCUCUUGAGAUGCUGCCAAUAAAAAAGCAACAUCCUCAUUACGUUUAUUCACACUACGUGCAUACGUAAGCACUACUGCUAUUUGUGCAAGUCUACCCUCUGCUGUUUGACAUUCUACUCAAGUCCCCACCCUCUCUUUCUCCCCCCUCCCACUUAGUUAAACUGAUUUGGGUGUAUUAAGUAGGGAUGCAUUUUCCUAACGUCUUUAUUUUGUUGCAAUAUAGCCCCAGUAAUGGUUUUGUUUCGAUAGCCAGGAAAUCUUUUGAUAGGGGGCAGUUCUAUAAAUAGCAGCGACAUGCCUCAUGUCUUCUUGUAAAUAGGUCAGACAAAGACACGUUGAUCUCUGUCUCCAUUUAUUUUCUGUUUCCAUUUCUGUUUUGUUUUAGCUCUUGCAUUUGUCUGUCCGCUUUGUAGCUAUGCCACGUGCUUCUAGGUGCUGUCAAAAACCAACGGUUGGUGAUCCUGGCAUGACGUUUAUUCUUCUGUCUCAGAGCCAUGCGCAAACCUUCAGAGGAUGCAGCUCUGAUUGAUUCAGCUGUGUAGUCAGCCUAACUUAACCUUGGAGUCCUUGACUUGCCUCAACACGGUCAAUCAGGAAGGGCGCUAUAGCCCUGGCUGAUGGAGGUUUGUAAUGCAUACACUUGAAGCUAAAUGGUUGAAAGAGAAAAGGGCUGACGGUUAACUGCUGAUGAAAUCGAAGCGCAUCCUCUUUUUGCUUCUUUAGUUCAACAACUAAUCGUAUCCCGUAUUGUAUAUAAACAGCCUCUUUAGACAUAACACGUGCUUAAAGUGGCAUCUGCAUCAAGACAAAACAAUCCCAAGUAAUUUUUUUAAUAACACUCCUAAUCUUUUGAGAGUCCUCAUUCCUUUGUCUUUUGAAAGCGUUUGUGUCUAUCCUGCGCGUGAGUGAGAGCAGUGUGAUACGGCAAGGGCUCAUUGAGAGGAUGUCUGAUGCACCUUUAGACUUUUACAUGCUAGCUUCAUCUCCGUCUGCAGUAACCCCAGCUAGCCAACGUGAACACUAGAGGCGGUCUGAUUCUUGACUCUUGAGUGUGGGAGGGAGAUGCUUACCUAAUACAUAACUUUGCGUUGAGUGACGUCAGCCGAUCUGCUCUAUAAUGUAGGAAACAAAACAAAAAAUACAUGCUUUUUUUGCACAAAAAAAAACUGUUAAAAAGAUAAACUGUAUUAAAUCUAGAGAAGAAAGAAUUACAAUAGCACAUAAUGGUAUUCUAUUUUGUAUCUGCUUCUUUCCUUGGGACACCAUAUGAUAAGUAUGCCUUCUGUCAGAACUUUAUAAUUGAAGGGUUUGUGGUUCACUACUUACCUGCAUGUUUCUUUUCUCUACUUGUUUUUUAUAUAUUGAUUUACGCUAUAGAUUUGGUAAUUAUUUUAACUUUAUUUAAAGAGAAAAUGAAAGUCUUUUUAGAUGUGUCCAACCAAAUGUAAAAAAACAAAAACAAAAAAACGACGACCCUGAAACCUGUAUGUGUACUGUAUGUAUGGUUGAAAUGUUUGAAACACAAAUGUGUGUGUAUAAACCAUUAUAUAAGCAA